GAGUCCAAUACGCCCCAAUGCCAAAGGUACUGUCUUGAUUUCGAUUUUCCUUCCUUAUCCCUUCUCCUUCGGUCCACUUAGCUCAAGCCCAAUCUCUCUCUCUCUCUCUCUCUCUCUCUCUACGUCCCUUGUAAAACCCUAGAUCUGAAUCCAUCGCCGGCCUGAAGCGCGGUCGCCGGGCUUCCGACGCUCCUCGCAGACUCCUCGUCUUCGUUUCUCUCCGUCUGAAUUUCGGCAGGAAUUUUGCCACAUCCUUUACUGUCUAAGUUUAGAUGGUUACUAUGUAGCAGGAAUUAUUUCUCCAAGUUGUAAUGGAAACGCCUCAUGAAAUGAUGUUAACUCCCUAUGUGGAAAAGACGCCAAACUCUGAUGAAUAUGGUGCGCUGACCAACACCGAAACACAGCCUAACAAAAGGAGGAAAAAGAAGUCCAUAGUCUGGGAGCACUUCACUAUAGAAACUGUAAGUGCUGGAUGUAGAAGGGCAUACUGCAAGCAGUGCAAGCAGAGUUUUGCAUAUAGUACGGGCUCGAAAGUAGCCGGUACCAGCCACCUUAAAAGGCAUAUUGCCAAGGGAAUAUGUGCUGCACUUUUACGCAAUCAGGACAAAAGUCAGUUGACGCCGUCUACACCAGCUUCCAAAGGGAGUGAUCCACCAAAAAGACGCUAUAGAAGCCCCAACUCGUCUUACAUCAUGUUUGAUCAGGAACGAUGCUGCAACGAGUUCACUCGGAUGGUUAUAAUGCAUGAUUACCAACCCAAUAUGGUCGAGCAUCCGAGCUUUCUGUCUUUUAUACAGAGUAUUCAACCGCGAUUUAACAUGAUGGAUUUCAACCAUUUCCAAGGGGAUUGCAUUGGAACCUACCUAUCCGAAAAGCAAAAUGUCAUCAAAUUCAUUGAGAGUAUCCCAGGACGUAUUUGUCUUUCCCUGGACAUGUGGACAUCAAGUACAACGGUUGGUUAUGCUGUAAUAACAGGACACUUUGUUGAUAGCGAUUGGAAGCUGCACAGGCGGAUUCUCAGCGUGGUCAUGGAAUCAUGUCCUAAUUCUGAUACAGCUCUCAGUCAUGCAGUUUCAGAAUGUCUCUCUGAUUGGAAUUUAGAAGGUAAACUAUUUUCUCUCACCUUUAAUCACCCUGUCACUGAGUCUGCACUUGGAAAUUUGAGGCCUCUGCUUGCUAUCAAAAACUCCCUUAUCCUUAAUGGCCAAUUUUUGGUUAGUAAUUGCAUAGCACGUACGUUAAGCAGCAUUGCAAACGAUGUGUUAGCAGCGGGAUCGGAUCUAGUUAAGAAAAUUCGGGACUGCGUAAAGAAUGUAAAGUUGUCUGGGUCCAACGAGGCAAAGUUUCUUGAGCUUAAAGAACAGCUUCAGGUCCCAACAGAGAGAAGCCUGUGCUUGGACGACCUAACACAAUGGAACACGACUUAUCUAAUGCUGAUUGCUGCAUUCGAGUUGAAAGAAGUGUUUUCGUGCAUGGAUAAUUCUGAUCCUGAUUACAAAGAAGUGCCGACAAGGGACGAUUGGAGGCAAGUUGAGACUCUUUGUACAUGUUUGAAAGUACUCUUUGAUGCUGCAAGCAUUCUCAGCACCGUAGACAACCCAACAGUGAUUACCUUUUUUCACGAAGUAUGGAGGAUUCACUUGGAGCUUGCCCGUGCACUCACCAGCGAAGACCCGUUCACCUGCAGCCUCUCGCAAAUGAUGCAAGAAAAGAUUGACAAAUAUUGGAAGGAUUGCGGCCUGAUUUUGGCUGCAGCUGUAGUUAUGGAUCCUCGGUUCAAGAUGAAACUUGUAGAGUUCAGUUUCAAUAAACUGUAUGGCGAAGAAGCUCCUGCAUAUAUUAAGAUUGUCGACGAUGGGAUCCAUGAGCUAUUCCACGAGUACAUCACACUUCCGUUGCCUCUAACACCGACUUAUGCCGAAGAAGGAAAUGGGGGAAGCAACAUUAAGUCAGAAGGAUCCCAGAGUGGAAGUCUUCUUUCUGCCAAUGGACUCACAGAUUUUGAUGUCUACAUUAUGGAGACCUCAAGCCAACAAAUGAAAUCCGAACUCGAUCAGUACUUGGCCGAGUCUCUGCUGCCCCGCGUUCAGGACUUCGACUUGUUAGGGUGGUGGAAGCAAAACAAGAUGAAGUAUCCAACUCUUUCGACAAUGGCUCGUGAUAUCUUAUCAGUACCAGUUUGUACCCUCCCCCCUGAAUCCAUAUUUGACAUGGAGGUUAAAGAGAUGGAUUCAUUUCGGAGCUCAUUGCGACCAGCUACUGUCGAAGCAAUUAUAUGUACACGGGACUGGCUGCAAUGUGGAUUUGCAGAAGUUUCAAAUGCACUUGUAAAAAUGGAAUAUUAGAGAGUAGGCCUUAGUAUCUUGUGUAUUUUAUAGGCUGUGGAAUCAUAUAUAUACUCUUAGUCGCCAUUAACAUAGCAGCUUCCUUCUUCUGCACUCUAAUUUUCUACAGAUGGAAUUAAGGUUGAAGAGAGAUUGGUCAAGAUGGUGAAAUGCUUCUCAACGAUCAAAUGUUCUCUUGA